GACAGACACCUGAGAGGACCUUUGAAAAUGGCCGGCAUUGCAUCAAAACUUCAGCACAACCGAGAUAAAUUACAUGGGAUUGGAACUAACGAUCACGCGGUACCAUACCUCAACCAGGACUUUGAGUCUCUGAGGAGAAGCUGCCUGGAAAGAAGACGCUUAUUUGAGGAUGAAGCUUUUGAACCUCUACCGGCAUCUUUGGGCUUCGAUGAACUUGGACCCAAUUCAUAUAAAGUUCGAGGCAUCAAGUGGCUGAGACCCAAGGAUAUUGUUUCCAAUCCGAAAUUUAUCCUGGAAGAUGCUACAAGGACUGAUAUUUGUCAGGGAGCACUUGGUGACUGCUGGCUCCUGGCGGCUAUCGCCUCCUUGACUCUCAACAAGCAGAUUCUGUCGCGUGUUGUACCACAUGACCAAAGCUUUGACGAGGACUAUGCUGGUAUCUUUCACUUUGAGUUCUGGCAGUUUGGCGAGUGGGUGGAUGUGGUGGUUGAUGACCGCUUGCCCACCAAAGAUGGAGAACUCCUGUUUGUCCAUUCAGCCGAUGGAUCGGAAUUUUGGAGUGCACUGCUGGAAAAGGCCUACGCCAAGCUAAAUGGAUGCUACGAGGCCCUCUCCGGAGGAACUACUACUGAAGGUUUUGAGGACUUUACUGGAGGCAUUGCUGAGCGACAUGAACUAUCCCAGGCCAAUCCUCAUCUUUUUAACAUCAUUAGGAAGGCCCUGGACAGAGGCUCACUUCUGGGAUGUUCCAUAGAUAUCACAAGUGCAGCUGACUCUGAAGCCGUCACAUAUCGCAAGUUGGUGAAAGGCCAUGCCUACUCUGUGACUGGAGCUGAGCAGCUGAAUUACAGAGGAAACACGCAGCAGCUGAUCAGGAUCAGAAAUCCAUGGGGUCAGGUGGAGUGGACUGGAGCCUGGAGCGACAAUUCCUCUGAGUGGAGAUAUGUAAGCAAUGACGACCGGCAAAGAUUGACCAACCGGCAGGAAGAUGGGGAGUUCUGGAUGUCGUUUUCUGACUUCCUGCGAGAGUACUCCCGCUUGGAGAUUUGCAACCUCACCCCAGAUGCCCUCACAGGGAAUGAGUACAAGAAGUGGGCGGAGACAGAGUUUGAAGAGACGUGGAGAACCGGAGUGUCUGCUGGUGGCUGCAGAAACUAUCCAAAUUCCUUUUGGACAAACCCUCAGUUUGUCAUAAAACUGGAUGAAGUGGAUGAUGACCCCUAUGAUGGAGAAGAUGGAUGCACAUUCAUUGUGGGCUUGAUGCAGAAAGACAAGCGUAGGAGGAGGAAAAUGGGGGAGGAUAUGGAGACUAUUGGCUUUGCCAUCUAUGAGCUCCCUGAGGAGUACUCUGGUGCGAAGCAAGUGCACCUGAAGAAAAAUUUCUUUUUACGGAACCGCUCAGCAGCACGUUCCGAGACCUUCAUCAAUCUCCGAGAAGUGUCCAACCGCCUCCACUUACCCCCUGGGGAAUACCUCAUCAUCCCGUCUACCUUUGAGCCAAACAAGAAUGGAGACUUCUAUGUGCGGGUGUUCUCUGAGAAACAGGCUGACUUUCAGGAGAUUGAUGAUCCAGUUGACUGCCAUGUUAAACAGAUUGAUAUCGAUGAAAGCGAUGUUGAUGAUCGUUUCAAGAAACUGUUUGGACAACUGGCCGGACAUGAUGUGGAGAUUUGUGUAUUUGAGCUGCAGAAAAUCCUCAACAAAGUGGUUGGAAAGAGAAGUGACAUCAAAACCAACGGGUUCAGUCUGACUACGUGCCGCAACAUGGUCAAUCUGCUUGAUAAAGAUGGAAGUGGCAAGUUGGGAUUGGUAGAGUUCAAGAUUCUGUGGACCAAGAUUGAGCAGUACUUGAACAUUUACAGAACAAGAGAUGCAGACAAGAGUGGCUGCAUGAGCUCUUCUGAGAUGCGGUCAGCAGUAGAAGAUGCUGGUUUUUCUCUCAACAACCCAUUACAUCAGAUCAUUGUGGCUCGCUACAGAGAACCAAGCUACACCAUUGACUUUGACAAUUUUGUCUGCUGCCUGAUCCGCUUAGAGUCACUCUUCAAUACAUUCAAGACGCUGGACAAGUCAGGGUCUGGUGUGAUAGAACUGGGCUUUAUGGAGUGGCUUAAUCUGUCCAUGUUGUAGAGGAUCCGCUCAGAAUGUUAAAAUGGAACACUUAGUACUUGUGUUGUUGCCUGCAGUCAGAAAUGAACUUCUUUUGGGUGUGGUGUUGAAGGUAGUUCGAAAAAUCAAGGGAAAACGAUUGAUUAUUAUUACAUAAAUUAUUGAAUCUGUCGUAAAUAUAAAUCUGUUUGUUCAAUAAAUAUGUAAUUUAAAAACACUCAACAUGUGUAUUCACUACAUUGAGAAGGUUCUAUUAUAAUCACCGGUCGCCUCCUGGUGGUUAGUGCAGAAAUCCCAUCACUUCCGUGUUGACAGGGCUGAACAAAGAACACCCCAUGUUUCAUAUAAAGUUAUUAUUCGGUAGUACUUUAGAUGGAAAAUGAAGUCUUCGCC